AUGUCGUUUUUCCACUUCAUCAACUGCAUCGCUCUGUCGUUUGCCCCAUACUUCAUCAUCUACAAAUAUUCAGGAAUCAACGAGUAUAGUUCAAUUUGGAAAUGUGCAACAGCGAGUGGAGGGUACUUGCUAACCCAGCUCAUCAAAAUGCUCCUCCUAGCCACCUUCUUCCCAGCUCUGGACGGCGAAGGGUUCAGUAUUUUACCAGAAUUUCUGAAAAGCAGUGCCGAUAUUGUUGAUGUGAUUGGUCUUCAUAUGCUCAUGACUAACUUUUUGGCUGGAAAAGGAGAAGUUCGCUUUGUUGUUGGAAGUCUUGGGUGGGGAUUCGCUCACUCAGUUUCUCAUCGAUUGGUUCUUCUCUGGGUUGGAGCUCGCGGUUCCGCUUUCACAUGGCGCUGGAUUCAGACGUCUCUCGACUCCUCCGCUGAUUUGAUGGUUAUUGUUUCUAUGGCUUGUCUCACUUGGAUGAUCACUCGCAGUCAAAACAAAACAAUCAUCACCCCAGUGUUGGCUAUGUGCGUAUACUCUACAUUCGUCUAUCAAUCCAUUCAACAUGGGUUCUCGCUCUACGGAUGGUCUCUCUUGGCAUUCCGUUUUGUCUACUCAAUUGCGACCGCUGUCCUCACUAUCAUCGUCUAUUCAGCGAACCGAACAUCUGUAGCCAGAAAGAACGAGUAG